GUCAGCGCGGCCGUUUAGGUCCUCAGACGUAGCCGCGCGCGAUUUAAAAGCUGCGGAUUCGCGGAGGGCAAGAUGGGAUCUCCGUGGCCAGAGACUCGUGGACACCCACUCAGUGUGUCACCGUCAAAACGGGUGUUCUCAAUGCCCCCACCUAAGAAGGCUCCUCUCAACACUCCUGGCACCCCAGUUCUUGAAGACUUCCCUCAGAAUGAUGAUGAAAAGGAGCGUCUGCAGCGGAGACGCUCCCGGGCCUUUGAGCUGCAGUUCAGCACAGACUCGCCCCAUCUGCUGGCCUCCCCCUCCAGUAGGAAUAUUGACCUUUCAGCUACGAUUCCGAAGUUCACAAACACACAGAUUGCAGACCAUUAUUCCACUUGUAUCAAACUGUCCACUGAAAAUAAAAUCACUACCAAGAAUGCUUUUGGUUUGCACUUGAUUGAUUUCAUGUCAGAAAUUCUUAAACAGAAAGACACUGAACUGACCAACUUUAAAGUGGCUGCGGGGACUCUGGAUGCCAGCACCAAGAUCUAUGCUGUGCGUGUGGAUGCCGUCCAUGCUGACGUGUACAGAGUCCUUGGGGGGCUGGGCAAAGAUGCACCGUCCCCGGAAGAGACAGAGAGCCAUGGUGCAGAUGGAAGUGCGACUGAAAUGGGAACAAUGAAGAGGGCUCCAAAGCCCAAGAAGAAGCACUCACACAAAACCAUCGAGCAGAAUAUAAACAACCUCAAUGUCUCUGAGGCAGAUCGGAAGUGCGAGAUUGACCCCCUGUUUCAGAAGACAGCAGCCUCGUUUGAUGAGUGCAGCACAGCAGGGGUGUUCCUCUCCACCCUCCACUGCCAUGACUACAGAAGCGAGCUGCUUUUCCCUUCUGAUGUCCAGACCCUCUCCAGUGCAGGGCCUCCUGAGAUGCCAGAUUUGGGUUGGGUAGAAAUGACAGAUUUAAAAGCACUCCUGCAGCAGUGUGCGGAAGACCGCCAGAUCUGCCCCUCCCUGGCCGGGUUCCAGUUCACGCAGUGGGACAGCGAAACACAUAAUGAGUCUGUGUCGGCCCUGGUAGACAAGUUCAAGAAGAAUGAUCAGGUUUUUGACAUCAACGCCGAGAUAGAGGACAGUGACGGCGGGGACUUCCCUGACGGGCCUCUGGAGGAUGACUUUGAUGCCAACGACGAACCGGACCACAUCGCCUCUGGGGAUCACGCAGAGUUCAGGGGCUGGACGGAGCCCUGCCACAGUCAAAGCUGCCAGGAAGAAAUGAUUCCCCUUGGGGAUGGAGAUAUUAGGACCAUGUGCCCCCUUGUAUCCAUGAAACCUGGAGAAUAUUCCUAUUUCAGUCCUCGCACCAUGUCGAUGUGGGCUGGGCCGGAUCACUGGCGCUUCAGACCACGACACAAACAUGAUGCCGCCUUGAAAUCAGAGAACAGAAAGAAGAGCACAAAGAAAGAAUUUGAAAUCAACUUUGACGAUGACAUUGACUUUGAUGUGUAUUUUGGAAAAGCAAAGGCUGCUACUACUCUGACCAAGUCCACUCUGGAGAACCAGAACUGGAAAGCCAGCACUCUUCCCACAGAUUUCCACUAUGAGACUGAUAAUCUGGUUCAGCUGCACCUCAAACCAGGCACCAGGAUACUUACAAUAGCCCGAGGCCAGAAGGUGGGGACCGAGCAUUAUGAAGAAAUUGGAGACUAUGACUACAAUAACCCUAAUGACACCUCCAACUUCUGCCCUGGAUUACAGGCUGCUGACAGUGAUUAUGAAGAGUCGGGUGACUUAUUUGUGGGACCAGUUGGGACCUCUGACCUCUCAGCUUAUCCUUGCCAUUCGCCUAAGACAACACAAGAGAGCGAUGAUUCACCUGACAUCCAAGGAUCAGACAUUACUCAUUACGGGGAGUCAAACCUGAUCGCUGAGCCUCAGAAGGUAAAUAAAAUUGAAAUUCAUUAUGCCAAGACUGCCAAGAAGAUGGACAUGAAGAAGCUGAAGCAGAGCAUGUGGAGGCUGCUGACGGACUUCACACAAGUGGACGCGAAGGCAAACCACAGUGAGACUGGAAACGAAGGGGGCCCAGUGGAAGUGGCUGAAAAGAAGAUGCUCAGCAGGCUCACCCAGGACCUGCAGAAGAGCCUGCCGUCCCUCAUGGCUCAGAACCUCUCUGUGCCCCUGGCCUUUUCCUGCCUCCUGCACUUAGCCAAUGAGAAGAAUCUAAAGCUGGAAAGCACUGAGGAUCUUUCCGAUGUUCUUGUGAAGCAGGGGGAUUGAGUUCACCGGGACAAGUGAGCAGGAGAGAGCUUGUCACUUCUUCAGGGACCAGGACGUCUCCACUCUGGGCGCUAUAAUGUGGGGCUCUUGGCAAGGCCAUAGCCAACUCCAGGGUGCCCAUUUGUCGCUCUUCCUUUCUGCCCCUUUCAGUCCGGAGCCCAGCACAGAAGCUCGCCCUUGAUUAAAACUGUCUGCCCUGUGACCACCUAGCUGGGAGAGGCAGAGGGUACAUUUCUGGUGAUGAAAACCUACAUCCAUUCUCUAUAUCCAUGUAUAGUUUUUGCCUCCUAAAUCGAUUUGUUGUUCUGCCCACUUAUUUACCCUUGUAGAAAAGAAUUUCUUAGUAGUCAAUUACCAGCUACCUAAUUCAUGUACAUAAAAUAAAUCACAUGCACUUAUUAAUGC